UUGAUGACAUCAUACUUACAAGCUUUCUCUAGCUUUAUAUGUUCUUUCUUAUGACCCAAUGGAAUACCCACAGUCAUGUGCUCAUAUCUCAGACUACCAGAAACUAAACCAAGUAUUGUAUCGAUUUUGGAACAUCUCAUAAUUCAGUUAUUCUUCAUAUUGUUCUUACUCUUUAUCUGCUACAGAAUGGAUUGGUUUCAUUGCAACCUUUGUUACCGAAAAGAUGGGGCCCACUUCUUUGUGACCAGCUGUGGCCAUAUUUUUUGUAAACACUGUAUGACUCUGGGAAAAUGUGCUGUUUGUGGUACUCCUUGCAAGUAUCUGGCUCUUUCUGAUAAUUUGAAACCUCAGGAGAAGAUGUUCUUUCAAAGCCCUGUGGAUACAGCUUUGAAAUAUUUUAGCCACAUCUCUCAGGUGUGGCGUUUCCAGAAGAAACAAACAGAUCUUCUCCUCACCUUUUACAAGCAUAGGAUUACAAAGUUCGAAGCAGCCUUGCAGGAGGCUCAGCAAACAAUGGCCAACCAGAACAAAGAGCUGUCAAUCCUAAAAAAGGAGAAUGCAGAACUAAAGAAAUGUCUAGCCAUUCUAAAGGAAUCUCCAAGUCGGUACCAAGGAAGCAGAUUGACCACACCUCGACCAGUAGGCAUUACAUCCCCGGCACAGUCAGUUACUCCACGACCCAGUUCCCUGCGUAGCAGCCAAGUAGUCAGCCGGCCCUCUUCCACGGAGUCCAUUCCUUACAGAGCAGCUGGCUUCGGUAGUGCGGGACAAGGAGGCAGAGGCCUGCAGGAAAGGAGCAUUCCCGGGAACUCUUACACUGAAACCCCUUCACCAGCUUCAACUCACAGCGUGUCUUACAGGCCUCCAUCUGCCUCCUUUGGACAGAGGAUUUCUUCUGUCAGAACAUUCCUCAAUGGGAAUUCAGCCCAUCCAAGAGUCCUCACCCCCAACAAUUCUAGUCAGAGAGAGAGCAGAACCACACUAGAGAGUCUCCCUGCUUUCCAGCUUCCAGCCCUGCAGACGCCCUACCAACAGAGGCAGGUGGGCUUAGCCGGGGAGCGAGAAGCGUGGAGCACUCCCCACUAG